AUGGUCGGGACGGCUGGGGCGAUCAUUAUCACGAUAGUCGUGCUCGCUGUCGUCGGCGGUGUCGGAUGGGUCUUCUACAGCAGGCUGCAGGCUAAGAAGCUUGGGCUUCCUCCUCCAUCCCUGACCUCCUUCCUACCUUUCGUCCACAAAUCCGACCCGUCCCCCUACGGGCCCCCGGCUCCGGCACCAGGAGGCGUCUCUGGGUGGUUCAACGACCAGAUCCGCAAAUUCAAGAACCGCAACAACCGCAGCGCCGCCGGCGCAUACGAGGGCGCCGGCUCAGCACCAACACGCCGUGGCUUCGGCCCGCUCGAUCCGGACGAGGCCUGGGACUCGCGCGUCGGCAACGAGGCGGACCACUACGGGCCGGGAGGCUACUACGAGGAGCAGGAGCUGGGGCUGCACCAGCCAGGCCCCGGCCGGCCGUCACACCAUGACGAGAACACCGCCUACCGGGGUGCCAGCGAGCCCGAGAGCUACUCGAUGAACCUGGCUGCCACGCCGCGGGGGUUUGACGGAGACAGGGGCAGGACGCUCAGCAGGGACGGACGGAACCCAUUUGACGAUGACGCCGCUGAACCGUCCAACAUCAGCUUGAGAGGAGUUUCCCCAAGGCCGAUGGAGGGCGAGCGUCGUGAUGAUAACGCCAGUGAGAGGAGGAGUAUUUUCCGGGAGAACGUUUGA